CUCUCUCCCUCUCUCUCUCCGGAGGAUCCAGCGUCUGAGGCAGCAGCAGCAGCAGAUCAGCACAGUCACAGACCAGCGGCAACAUGAGGGAGGUGAACGGGACCCAGACCCAGACCCAGACCCAGACCCAGACCCAGACCCAGCCCGGGUCUGACGAGCUCGUCUUCUUCGUUAAUGGGAAGAAGAUUGUUGAGAAGAAUGCAGAUCCUGAGAUGACCCUGCUGACGUAUCUGAGGAGGAAAUUGCGUCUAACAGGAACAAAGCUGGGCUGUGCUGAAGGCGGCUGUGGAGCGUGCACCGUCAUGUUGUCCAGAUACCAAACACACACUCAACAGCUGCUUCAUCACGCCGUCAACGCCUGCCUCGCGCCCCUCUGCUCCUUACACCUGGUUGCCGUGACGACCGUGGAGGGCAUCGGCAGCGUGGCGCGAAAGCUGCACCCAGUACAGGAGAGGAUAGCGAAGGCUCACGGCUCGCAGUGUGGUUUCUGUACUCCGGGGAUCGUCAUGUCCAUGUACGCUCUGCUGAGAAACAACCCCACACCUAAGAUGGCCGACAUGGAGGAGGCCUUCCAAGGAAAUCUGUGUCGUUGCACCGGAUACAGACCCAUACUGGAGGGAUACAAGACCUUGACUGUGGAGGGAGGCUGCUGCGGAGGUCGGGGGCGGGACAACGGCUGCUGUCGGACCAACGGGAACGCACCUGAGAAACCUCCAGAGGAAGAUGCUGAUGAAGCUUCGUCUCUUUUUAACACAGCAGAUUUUGCACCUUUCGACCCGACGCAGGAAGUCAUCUUCCCUCCUGAGCUCAUGUCUCUCACCAGAGGUCAGAGGUCACAGUCGCUGCGUUUCCAUGGCGACAGGGUGGCGUGGCUGCAGCCGGGCAGUCUGGACGAGUUUCUGCGUCUGAAGUGGGAACAUCCGGACGCCCGAGUGGUGGUGGGAAACACUGAAGUGGGUAUUGAAGUGAAGUUUAAGAACAUGUUGUAUCCGGUCAUCUUGGCUCCGACCUUCAUCCCCGAGCUGAACGCAGUGACGCACACUGAUGACGGCGUGGUGUUUGGUGCAGCGUGCACUCUCAGCCACAUGGGGGCGGUGCUUAGGGAGGCGGUGGCGACUCUUCCUCCUCACCAGACCGAAGUCUUCCUCGCCGUCCUGGAGCAGCUGCGCUGGUUCGCCGGGCAGCAGAUACGAAACGUUGCGGCUGUUGGUGGAAACAUCAUGACUGCGAGUCCCAUAUCAGACCUCAACCCUGUUUUUAUGGCUGCAGGCUGCAAACUCACACUGAUGGACAAAGAUGGCCGCCGUGUGGUUGAGAUGGACGACAAGUUCUUCACAGGUUACAGGAAGACGGUUCUGCGACCGCAAGAGAUCCUGCUGUCUAUAGAGAUCCCCUACAGCAAGAAGAGUCAGUUUGUCUCAGCCUUCAAACAGUCGCCUCGCCGGGAGGAUGACAUCAGCAUCGUCACCGCGGCGAUGAGCGUCACCUUCACUCCGGGGACGAACGUCGUGGAGGACUUGCGGCUGAGCUACGGCGGCAUGGCGCCGACCACGGUGCUGGCGAAGAAGACUGCGAACAAAGUGUUGGGAAGGCGGUGGGGGGAGGAGCUUCUGCAGGAGGUUUGCUCCUCAUUGGCUGAGGAGAUGACCCUCAGCCCUUCUGUGCCAGGCGGCAUGGUGACGUACCGGCGAACUCUGACCCUCAGCCUCUUCUACAAGUUCUACCUGACAGUCCUGCAGAAGCUCAGCGGGCAGGGUGUGAAUGUGGACGAGGUCGGGUCCGACUGUCUGAGUGCGACUGAGAUUUAUCAUCCAGAGACUCCGACCAGCGUUCAGAUCUACCAGGCGGUGCCAGAGGGGCGGAGUCAGGACGACGUGGUGGGCCGUCCCAUGAUGCACCUGUCGGCUCUGAAGCAGGCGACGGGCGAGGCCAUUUACUGCGACGACGUGCCGCUGUACGAGAACGAGCUCUACCUGGCGCUCAUCACCAGCAGCAAGGCACACGCCCGCAUCCUCUCCAUAGACACAGCAGCAGCACGGAGCAUGCCCGGCGUCGUCUGCUUCGUGUUUGCUGAUGACAUCCCCGGCAGCAACGCCACCGGACCGGUCGAGUACGACGAGACCGUCCUCGCCGACCACCAGGUAACAUGUGUGGGUCACAUCAUCGGCGCCGUGGUGGCUGACACUCAGCUUCAGGCUCAGAGAGCCGCCAAGGCCGUCAGGAUCCAGUACGAAGAGCUGCAGCCUGUCGUCACCAUCCAGGAAGCCAUCGCCGCCAAGUCCUUCUAUCAGCCAAUCAGAACCUUGCAGAGGGGAGACCUGGAGACGGGGUUUAAACAGGCCGACCACAUCCUGGAGGGUGAGAUGCACAUGGGAGGUCAGGAACAUUUCUACCUGGAGACAAACGUCAGUCUGGCUGUUCCUCGAGAAGACGGAGAGAUGGAGCUGUUUGUGUCCACGCAGUCUGCCUCCAAAACACAGUCUCUGGUGGCGAAGGCGCUGGGCGUCCCCGCCAACAGGGUGGUCGUCCGGGUGAAGAGGAUGGGCGGAGGCUUCGGAGGGAAGGAGAGCCGAACCACCAUCCUGUCUACUGUGGUCGCCGUGGCGGCAAACAAGCUGAAGAGGCCAAUCAGGUGCAUGUUGGACAGAGACGAAGACAUGUUGAUCACCGGAGGACGACAUCCGUUCUUCGGGAAAUACAAGGUGGGUUUUCUAAACAGUGGGAAGGUCGUGGCGUUGGACGUGUCUUUCUACAGUAACACAGGAAACUCCAUGGACCUCUCUCUGUCAGUCAUGGAGCGCGCUCUGUUCCACAUGGAGAACUCGUACAACGUGGCGAAUGUGCGCGGCCACGGCUUCCUGUGCCGCACCAACCUGCCGUCCAACACUGCCUUCAGGGGCUUCGGAGGGCCGCAGGGCAUGAUGAUCGCUGAGAGCUGGAUGACAGAUGUGGCUCAGAGUCUGGGCCGGCCGGCUGAGGAGGUGCGUCGGCUGAACCUGUACAUGGAGGGCGAUUCAACACCCUACAACCAGGUCCUGGACCAGUUCACUCUGGACCGCUGCUGGGACGAGUGCCUGGCACGCUCCGAAUACGAGCAGCGCCGAGCUGCCAUCGAGCUCUACAACAGAAAGAACCGGUGGACCAAACGAGGCCUCGCCAUCAUCCCCACCAAGUUCGGCAUUAGCUUCACUGCUGUCUUCCUCAACCAGGCUGGAGCUCUGGUCCACAUCUACACUGACGGCUCGGUGUUGUUGACUCACGGUGGGACUGAGAUGGGACAGGGACUCCACACCAAGAUGGUCCAGGUCGCCAGCAGAGUUCUGGGUGUCUCCAGUUCAAAGAUCUACAUCACAGAGACGAGCACCAAUACGGUCCCCAACACCAGCCCCACCGCCGCCUCCGCCUCCUCCGACCUCAAUGGAGCCGCCGUGCAGAACGCCUGCCAGAUCCUCGCAGAACGCCUGGAGCCAUACAGGAAUAAGAACCCCAAAGGAUCAUGGGAAGACUGGGUGAAAGCAGCGUACUUCGACAGAGUCAACCUAAGUGCAAAUGGCUUUUACAAGACUCCAGAUCUCGGUUAUGACUUUGACUCAAACUCUGGCCGAGCGUUCAACUACUACAGCUACGGAGUGGCCUGUUCAGAGGUGGAGAUCGACUGUCUGACCGGAGCUCACAAGAACCUGAGCACCACCGUAGUGAUGGACGUCGGUCACAGCCUCAACCCGGCUAUAGACAUCGGACAGGUGGAAGGGGCGUUCAUGCAGGGUCUGGGUCUCUUCACCCUGGAGGAGCUUCAUUACUCCCCCAAAGGAGUCCUCCUCACUCGGGGUCCCGGUGCUUAUAAGAUCCCAGCCUUCGGUGACAUUCCCACCAAGCUAACCGUCUCGCUGCUCCGCGACGCACCUCACGAUAAGGCAAUCUUUGCCUCCAAGGCUGUUGGAGAGCCUCCUCUAUUUCUGGCAUCGUCGGUUUUCUUCGCCAUCAAAGACGCCAUCAGUGCCGCCCGGGCAGAGUCAGGAAUCAGCGGGCCGUUCAGGCUGGAUAGCCCCGCCUCCGCCGAGAGGAUCCGCAACGCCUGCAGCGACCGAUUCACCAAACUGUGUCCUCCUGCAGCGCCCGGCACCUUCACACCCUGGUCUGUGCAGGUUUAAGGCGCUCGACCAACGAUAGUAGAAACUACCACCGACGACCACUGGAGAAUCUGUAAAACUACAAAACUAUGAAAACACACUGAGCCAUUUUCUACAAGAACAUUUCAGAGAACCUCGUCACUAACGGAUCGUUGCUCCCUGUCGGAUCAGGACCUUCGGUCACAGUCGAUGAUGCGCUACCUCAACUGAACUCUACUGAACUCAGUCGUAGAGGAAUAAAAGGUGAAACUGAGGCCAAGAGUCUGGUACAGGUCUUCACAGACUAAAAGCAUUGUUGGAUUAAUGUUUGUGAUACUUAAGUUGUAAAGAAAUUGAUUCAAGAUAUGCACCAUGCACAGGUAAUGAUACAGGACCUGGCCCUGAUCACUGUGGUGCAUAUUCUCAGACUAAUCUGCAGUUAAUCAAAUUACCACAAACCAACAGACACACAAUGACUCUGGGGUCCUCACAGAUACUGAAGGCAGUUGCCCUUUUUGGGUAGGGUCCUGUCGUGUUAUUGGUUAGUUUUCAAAUUCAAAUUCAAAUUUAUUGGCAUGACCAUAACGAAAUACAGUAUUGCCAAAGCACCGUACAAGUAAUGAAUGUUUGCAAUUAAAAUAUAAAGAAAUCUAUACAUACACAUUUAUGUAUUUAUACAUUUUGAAAAGUGUACGAAACAGCAGAUUUAAUGUCUUUGCAACAACCCCCAACCCCCUUAAUUUUGGAAAAAAAGGAGUCACAUAAGCAAAUGAAUGAUUAUUGUUCGUAUAGCUAAUAUAUGCACACAGAUAAAAAGAAAACAAAUCUGAAGUCUGAUGUAGAUCAGCAGGUCAGUCUGAUUCCCUCAUGUUGUGGCAAGCAGAGAUAAAUUAUCCUGCGAGAACGCAACUGUCUUUCAUUUCCCCCGUUUUCCAUGAGUCCGUCCAGCUUUAGACCUGUGAAGACAUUCAGUGCUCAGCCACACCAUACAGCGAAACUUAUCACGCAUCCUCGCAAAGGUGGAGCUGGAAACCUUUUAUUUAGUGACCACUUGUCAGGUUCCUGAGCUAACAAUUAACAUGCUAGCUAGCCGGGAACAAACCGGAACAACCAGCCCCAACAGACAAGACAAGGCAAUUUUAUUUAUACAGCACAAUUCAUUAGAUUAGACAGUAGCUCGCCAAGCUAGCUGGCUUGAUAUCAGUUAUCUUACCACCAGUUAACAAGCUAGCCAAGUAGCACGGUUGCUGAUUAAGUUAACACAGUUUAUUCAAGAAAAGGAUUUUUUUUAUCAUCGACCACGCCGUAUCUAUAAAAACUGGAAAGUACGACAAAGCUAACCUGAUAUCUUCUUCUCUUUUAGCCUCUGAUUCUCCGUUCCCUUAAAGUUUCACCAUUGACACAGUUUGCUAAUGAUCGAAAACGAGAAUUAAGCUAAAACAGAAGAACAGUAAAUCAAAAUGAGGCUACAGCUGAUAAAGUACUUAAACAUUACUGAACUGGGAGAAAUUAUGCUAAUAUUAGCUUGGGAGCUAACUGAUUUUAGCUCACAUAAACAGCCUACGUUUUAAAUUAGUGUUAUACAGACAUUCAUUAUAUAUAUGUAGAACAUUUUAAUAAUGUGUAACAAAAACACACUAAUGAGCAAAAUAUUUCUUUCCAUAAAGACCUCAGGGAAUAAAACAUGAUUUCUUCACAGCCAGUCAAUCUUACACUGUAAAUACAUGUUACGUGAAUCGUAGAUUUACUUCCGGUGCUCGAUAUUUCAGCCUAGUCCAGCUAAUGUGAAUGAUCAGAUCAUUAAAUCUGUAAAACUAAUCAUCGUUUACACUCUGUAUGUCGUACAGUGAUUGGUGAUGCACUUUCACUUCAGUUCAUGUUCACAUCAACAUGAAUUAUGAUGUAAAUGAAACACAAAUUAAAUUAUGAUUUCGUUCAUUUUCACUGUUAUGUUAUAUAAAAUUAUUGCACUAUAUGAAUUAAAUAAAACUUUUCAGAGGCACAUGUUUUGGUUGAUUUUCCAUCCGUUUCUUUCAGCUGCAGACAGUUAAGCCAUCAUAUAGUUGAUGUUUAGCAGGUAUA